CCGUGCUUCAACCACCGCGCACUCAGCACAUGCACACCCAGCCCCUGCGGGGUCGGUGUCCGAUCCGUGCCGGGGCUGCUCAGAGCCCACAGGGACCGAGAGCCCCGAGCGAGCACCGGCGACAGCGACGAGGGAGGCCGCCGCGGCCCCGCCGCCGCCACAGCGGAAGCGGCUGCGCCGCCGGAGCCGGCGGACGUGACCUCACGGCACGGCCCCUUCCCGGCCCUCCUCUCUGUUUCUGGCAGCUCCCGAUCGGCGGCAGAGGAGGAGGAGGAGGAAGGCGGGCGGGUUCCGGGAUGCUGCCGGCGCAGCUCGGGCGCGCGCCGCGGCACCUGCUGGUGUGCGAGCGCGGCCACGCGCGCCACCCGCGCUCGCGGCACGCGGCGCACGUGCGGGACCACGCCUACAGCUGCCGCGUGUCUUUUUUGAUCCCGGAAUGUGGCGUGCUGCCUGAAGUGCUGAAAAGCACAAUUGCAGAUAUUGGAGAGUACUACCUGGUGAGGAAUUUACCCAUUCAUGAACUGGUCGCUCAUGAAUUCAUUGAUGCUUUUGUGAAGAAAGGUUCAUGCUACGCGCUUACCUAUAAGACAAAAAUUGAUCAAGAUAAUACUGCAGCUCUGCUACCAAAUGGUAAACUAAUUCUAUCAGUGGAUAAGGAUACUUAUGAGGAGCUUGGACUGCAAGGUCGCCCUUCUCGGUAUUCGGGCAAAAAAGUAAUGCGAUAUAUUAUCACUAUUGACUUGACUGAUGCUGGCUUUUACCCUGAGAGCAAGAAACAUAACAGAGUGCUUUGGGCCUUGAAAGAAAAGAAACCUUUAGAAUUUGACUUCCUACUGGCUUGGUAUAAUACAGGUGCAGAGGGAUCAACAUUGAUGUCAUACUUUUCAAAAAACCAAAUACAGGCCCUGAAGCCAAAAAUAACAUUCAGCACCUUAAGGGACUUGCAGUGUCCAGUGUUACAAAGUAAUGAUCUACAAGGAAAACCAGAGGAGUCCUGCAGUACAGAGGAGCUCUUUGAAUGGCUGGGUGCUGUCUUGAAUCAAGUUAGCCUAGACAACAAAUCCUCCAGCUUCUUAUCAACCUAUUGCUGCCCUGAGCCCAACACAGUGGUGGAAAAAGCUUUUUUGUGCACAAUCACAGGCUUUAUAAUUCCUGAGAAGAUUAUUCAGUUAUUGGAGCAGCUGUGUUGCUAUUUUGGUGAUCCAAAACUGGCAUAUUGGCUGACCUUAACUGUGCAUGGCUUUGCAGACAGCCCUGUUUCCUGGAGAGAAAGUGAACAUGGUUUCCACAAAGGAGGAGAGAACUUGUACAACUUUGUCAUUUUUAGAAAUCUGGACUACUGGCUUCAGAUGGCUGUAGGAGCUCAUGAUGAUUGUCCUCCAUAAAGUUUCAUCCACAGAAGAAGUUCUCUAAUAAUCCCUUGUUACUGACAGAAAACUAAUAAAAUAUUUUUUGUACAAGUAGUUAUGUAACAGAUUAAGUACUAAGAGUCUGAUCAUGUUUUUGUUAUUUGUAGCCAAUGGAAGGAAUGGAUUUUUGUUUCUCCACUGUUACGCAAUGCCUUCUGAAAAACUUCACAAAACUUCACAGCUUUUAGGAAAAGUUAAGUUUCUGAGAGUUUUUCUCAGGAAUUGUCUUUUCCAGGAGCAAAUUUGGAAUUUGAAAAUUAGCUUUACAGAGUGCUAGCUAAAAUAUUUGUCAGGAAAGCUCAUUUUGGGAUUAAGUGUUUUAUUUCUUUACAUUAAAGAUCUGCAAAACCUUCAUAUCCCUGUUAAAGGUAUUUCAGCCUACAUGCUAGCAAAAAAAAAAAAA